UCGACCCUCGCAAAAGAAAGAAGAUUGACGAUGGUCAAUCGUCGCUCGAAAUGAAAAUUUGAUUUUCUGGAGCUAAAAGUAGUGAGUAAUCUUGAUUUUAUGUUGUUAAAAUUAAGAUAGAUUGUGCACGCAAGAAUACAACAGUUGUGAUAAUGAUAGAAGUGUUGAAGUGCGAAAAUUGACCGAUAGAGAUUAUGGUGGGGGAUAUAUCGAUUUGAAGGUGAAAGUGUUAAGGCUCUGAUGCUGAUGGGAAAUAUAAUCUUCGUCCACUUUACUUCUGCUGUUUGUCUGCCUGUGUCAGUUUCUUGUGAGAAAAUCAGCAAAACAAACAACACUUCCUGCUCAUCUACGGUCUAUGGAAUGAUUUUGUUGUGACUUAGCUGAUUACGGAAAUCAUUCAAAGCAAUAACUCGGGCAAAAUUGAAAACGAGCACACACCAGGAAGAAGGUAGAAACAGACGACCGACCGGCGCCAAAAUGACAUUGCACUGAACGACGUCGACGCAGCCAUUGCCACCAAUCGUCGACAGCGCGCGCCAAACGGCUUGAAAUGGAUCGCAACAGUCUCGCCAUCGGCAUCGACUUCGGUACCAGUUUCUCCAGCGUGGGAAUUUACCGUCGUGGGCGAUUCGAAAUCGUUGCCAACGAUGCGGGCAACCAUCGGAUACCGUCGUGCGUGGCCUUCACCGAUAAGGCGCGCUUGGUCGGAGAAGAUGCGUUGGCACAGGCCGACAAAGAUCCCGGGAAUGCGGUGCUGGAGGUGAAACGGAAACUGGGUGGUCUGAAGGGGGAUAAGCUGCGGGUGCAGUUUAAGGGUGAAACGAAAGAGUUUUACCCGGAGGAGAUAUGUGGUGUGAUGUUGGGGAAUUUGAAAACGAUGGCGGAAAGGAAGCUUGGUCAAACUGUAGGAUCGGCAGUUAUUUCUGUGCCGGCUGGGUUCACCGAUGGGCAGCGACAGGCAGUUUUAGAUUCCGCGGCGAUCGCAGGGGUCAAUGUGCUGAGAUUAGUUAAUGAGCCAACGGCAGCGGCGAUUAGCAGUGGCAUCAAUAAGAAAGUGAUAGGGGAACAGUGGAUUUUGGUGUGCUCUAUAGGGGGAGGGCAUUUGGAUGUGUCGAUCAUGACGAUCUACAACGGAGUGUUCGAAGUGAAGGCAACUUCCGGGGAUAAUCAGUUGGGUGGAACGGACUUUGACGAUAGGAUAGUGGCGCAUUGCGUGAAGGAAUUCCGGGAUAAACAUUCCAAAGAUAUAUCGUCCAAUAAGGAAGCCCUACGUAUGCUGCGGAAAGCCUGUGAACAAGCAAAGCGAACCUUAUCCUACACGAACCAAGCGUUGAUCGACGUCGAAAAUUUGUAUGAAGGUCAACGAUUUGAGUUUUUGUUGCAACGGGAUCAGUUUGAAGAACUCAAUCGGGAUCUUCUGGACAAGAUUAUGUUACACGUCGAGAUGGCUUUGCGUAGAGCACGAAAGGAUCGGUUCGCUAUCCACGAGAUCAUGUUAGUUGGCGAGAGUUCUCGGAUACCAAGAGUACAAGUGAUGCUGAGUGAAUUCUUCGAUCGGCGUUCGCUUAGUAGUUCUAUCAAUUCGGACGAAGCAGUCGUGGUAGGUGCUUCGAUAGCAGCGGCAAUCUUGAGCGGGGAAAAGUCAGCAGAAAUACAGGAUAUCCUGUGGUUAGAUCUAGUGCCGCGAUCGAUCGGUUUAGUGCCAGAAAGUGGAGCUGAAGAGUCGCCACGGAUUCUAAUUAGUCGAAACUCGACAGUUCCUCUGAAAGUGAAGCAUCGUGUUAAAAAUUUUCAUGAAUUGCAGCUUCUGUAUGAGGGUGAAAGUGCCAUUGUUAGUGAUAAUGUGUUAUUGGGGAAGUUAAUGAUUGAGGGAACGUUUGGGGAUAUUGAGGAUGUGGGAUUGGUUUUUAGCACGGAUACAAACGGGAUUUUGCAUGCCAUCGUUGAAGGAAAUAUCGACCUAAAAGCCACGUUAGAUAAAGGAAGAUUGGAACGCUUUGAAAUUGAUCGAAUCGUUUAUAAACAUAAGAAACUACUACUAGAGGCGGAAAAACAUGAAGAAGACGCCAAAGAGCAGGAAAUGGCUAUGGAGAAGCUGGCUAUUCAUUCGACCGUCGAUCUGGAUGAAAAAGCCGGAAGUUGGGAUCGUUUCAGUGAAUGGAUCCACUGUAUUUGCGUAGUAACGUUUGACCUAGAGCUAGGUCAAGCCAUGGAGCUAAUCUACCCGAAGCACGUAAUACUCACCGAGCAAGAGAAAACCAAUAUUUGCUACUUGGCCUUUCCGGAUUCCAACUCUGGAUGCAUGGGCGACUCCCAGUUCCAUAUUAGGCUUCGAGUAUCCCCCGGAUCUGAGUCUUCGUCACUUCGAGAAGAACAUUUAGAAUUUAAUUGCCAUUGUCUUCCGGUGCAUAAAGCAGAUCCAGGUCACUUUUGGGGCUUUGUUUACUUCCGACAAAUCAAAGAUGCAUCACUCAAAAGAGGUUAUUUCCAGAAGAGCUUGGUCCUACUCAGCAGACUUCCGUUCAUCAAUCUUUUCUACGAGCUUACCGCGUUGAUCGCACCUGCCUUUUUCUCCAGUGGAGAACCUACUUUGGAAGCUGUCUGCGAUAAUAUCUGCCAUUGGCCGUCGCUCAUGGCAGGUGAGAACAUGUCCCUUCAUCUCCUGGGAAGCAUCUACGAGAUAUCCAUUCCCAAACAGAACUCCAAAGCUUCAACAGAAAAGCCUAGACCAGAUGCUUCCAUAACUUCAAGCCCUCAAACUCAAAUCAUUGCCUCGAUUCAUGAAAUUGACAUCUUCAAAAGCCUUCAGUUCUUCCUGCCACACAUCCAUCUACUUUGGGAGUUGAUCUUAACCGGUGAGCCGAUCGUCGUCUGCGGUGCAUCCCCAACAGACUGCUCCCAUAUGGUUCAAUCGUUGAUGAGCCUCAUCAGUCCGUUGUCCUACUGCGCCGAAAGUCGUCCAUACUUUACUAUUCACGACACAGAGUUCAAAGAAUUCACCCAGAACAAAAACGGCCAUCCAUCAAUCAUCCUGGGCGUUACGAAUCCAUUUUUCGCCAAGACUCUCCAACAUUGGCCUCACAUGAUCCGUUUACAAGAUAGUACCGAAACCAUCCUACAACAGAAGCAAAAGCAAACUGUAACGCCCGCCGGCACCGUCACUCCCACCAAUACCAGUUCAUCAUCCGAUUCAAAGCUGUCCAAAAUAAAACAGAUUACAAACAAACUCCUGGAAUCGUCCCCCGGAGUCUAUACUCAGUACAAACCAUUUAUCUCCAAGGAUAAAGCUUUUAUCAAGAAAAUCAUUCUCGGGAUCAAAACAGAACGUCCACCAUCGGUGCAAUCAGCUCUGCUCCGACGGCACUUUCUCGAACUAACUCAAAGCUUCAUGAUUCCGUUGGAACGCUACCUUGCCUCGCUUAUGCCUCUCCAGAAAGACAUCUCCCCCUUCAAAUCCGCGCCCCUCCCGAAUCCCUUCAAGCAAGAAGACUUCCUAUCCACCCUGGAUGGAAAUGGUCCGCACCUUACGCCCACCUGCAAGGGAGACUGGGAAGGACUCUACAAGCGGUUCUUCUCGUCCCCCAACUUCAAGGGAUGGUACGAAUCGCGCCUAUUCGAGCUCCAGCAAACCCUCCAGGCGCUCCACAUGCAAACGCUCUCCGAGUCGAAUCUCUCCGAAUGGGUCAAAGGGAAGCACGAGGUCGAAAUCGUCGACAUGAUACUGCGGUUGAAGCAGAAACUGCAGCUCUGCAGCAGCACCCAGAUGGCGGCCCUGCCGGUGCAGUUGAACACCAAGGAUACUCGCGAACAGCUGCUGAAGCAUCUGGAAAGUAUGAAACGGUGUCUUCCGGAUGAUCUGAAGCUAAUUUUGAACAACAUUUGAUGAUGAGAACGCUGAUAUUUUUGCUACCGAAGGGUGGUGGCAGCAAAGUGCGUGUUUUAUGUCUGUUUUUAAUCAAAUCGAUAUACGGGAAAUCCAUUGCUUAGCAGAAACUGUGUAAAAGAUCAAUUAUACAAUAAUACGGUAGGAUAAUUACAAAUGAAGCGAUUUUAGUUCAAAGAUAUUAUUCAAAAUA